AGCGGCGCGAAGGGCUGUGGGCGCGGGCUGGUGAAACCGGCCCGGGGGGAGAGGCGGAGGUCGAGGACCGGAAGACGAGCUGCAGGGAAAGCCCGGAAGCAGGAGGCUGGGAGAGCCCUGGGCCGCGCGCGGGAUGCUCCGAGGGGCGAGUUUGGGGCUUGGACAUUGAAAGAGUGAGAGUCGAAGGGGACACUGGACCCAUUCAAUUUGAGAGCCCGGGGUGGGUGUCUCAUGGGCCUCUCCCCAACCUCCAAGGAUUCUGCAGACCAAGAAACUGCGAGCUGCGACCGAGAACCCGAGGCGGGAAACAAGAAAGGGCUGCCAGAACCAGGACUAGUUGGGAUCAUGGAAACUGAAGGGUCGGCUCAAGAGCCAGACGUUCCAAGCCGAAGAAAUGGGUUCAUGGGAAGAUAAGAUUUGUGAGGGCACUUUAGUUCCAGAUAGUUGAGGGGCACAGGAUUAGUUAGGCCCUAAGCCUUGGUUCGUCACACCGCAUGGACGCGCGCGCGCGCGCGCGUGUGUGUGUUUCAAUAAAAUUCUGCCAGAGCCCGUAAGAGAGUAGAAAUCUGGUAGGGAUAGGGUGUGGUGGAGCCUGAGGCUUCCAGAGUAUGGAAAGGUGUCAAAUUAGUUGCAGAACAGGCCUUGGAGGCCUGAAAUGGAAGGAGGAGUGGUCAUGUUGAAAGGAUGGAGAGCCUUAGGGCGUAUGAGACAACAGCUGUAUUGAGACAACAGCUGUAUUGAGCCAGCUUCUAAGUGACCAUGUGUUCUUGACAAAAAGUGUUUUCACUUUUCAUUGAGUGAGCGGCUCCUGUCUGCUGUCGAAGAUAAAGAUAUCCAUUGAGGACUUGCUGUGGUGAUGUUACAAUGUGGACUUAUAGCUGUGAGUGAUCUUGAUCGAGUCUACUCACAGCCCGGGAAAGGUGACUUCUUUCUGCAUAGGUCUCAGGUUUAUUGCCAAACCCUGUGCACUCCAUGUUGGCAUCCAGGACAGUGGUCCUUAUCAGGCCCAACCUAAUGCCAUCCUUGAAAAGGUGUUCAUAUCUGUUACCAAGGUGGAGAUUCACUUUUUAUUUAUGUAUAUUCUGCUAUGGAGUUAGAUUUCUCUGGUCGUCGCCUUGGUUCUGGGACACCCGACAAUGCUGGCACAGUUACCCUUAUCAGCCUCUCACAAAUGGGCUUUAUUACUAUUAUAUCAUGGAAUUGGCUUUCUAUUGGUCUCUUAUGUUUUCUCAGUUUACAGACAUUAAAAGAAAGGACUUCCUGAUCAUGUUUGUGCAUCACUUGGCCACCAUUGGGCUCAUUACCUUCUCCUACAUCAACAACAUGGUUCGAGUGGGAACUCUGGUCAUGUGUCUACAUGAUGCCUCAGACUUCUUGCUGGAGGCAGCCAAGCUGGCCAAUUAUGCCAAGUAUCAGCGUCUCUGUGACACCCUUUUUGUGAUCUUCAGUGCUAUUUUUGUGGUGACUCGUCUAGGAAUCUAUCCAUUCUGGAUUCUGAACACGACCCUCUUUGAGAGUUGGGAGAUGAUCGGGCCCUAUCCGUCCUGGUGGCUCUUCAAUGGCCUUCUCCUGAUCCUACAGGUUCUGCAUGUCAUCUGGUCCUACCUAAUUGCACGAAUUGCUUUCAAAGCCUUGAUCCGAGGAAAGGUAUCUAAGGAUGAUCGCAGUGAUGUGGAAAGCAGCUCAGAAGAAGAAGAUAUGACCAGUAGCACAAAAGGCCCCUGUGGCCGCAGCUCCAGCAAUGGUGCCGGUCGGGUGAAUGGUCACAUGGGAGGCAGCUACUGGCUGAAGAGUAAGGUGGUUGGUAUGGGGACUUCAGCAUAGAUGGACUCGUAGGGCUGCUGGCAACCUACUCCUCUGGGCCUCCCCGCAUCUGCACUCCUGUGACUAGGGCGUGUGCAGGGCACUGAGGAGAAUCAAAGAAGCAAAUAUUUUCACUUUUUUAAAAAAACUCUGCCAUUUUGUAUUUAAUAGCCUCCAGGUUCUUUCAGUAAUGUUAUUUGCUCUGUGUGUGCGCGUGCGUGUGUGCAUAUGUGUGCACAUGUGCAUAUGCAUUUGUGCAUAUGUGUGAGUUUCGUUGCCUAGGUUGGAGCACAAGCCUGGUCCCCUUUGAACCCACCUCAAUCCCAGAUUUGGCUGCAUCUUGAAUUAUGCUGGCUCCAGAGAGUCCCCUCCCUUGUUGCCCAUGGCUCUUGAAGUUCUGGCCAUCUGAAUGGAGCAGCUAAGUUCACUCCAGGUUUCUGCACUGUUCCUCCUUUGGAGAUGGAAUAUUUCACACGACGUUAUAUAGAAACAGACAACCAUGAAUGGAUGGCCAGGAUUGCUGUGGCCCCUAGCUAGGUCCCCUUCCUGCCACCUGGUAGUGAUGGACAGCUGCUGAUAGAUACCCUGCUCUUUAUUCAGUGGUACGCAGGGAGUUGGGGGGUGGGAGGAACAGGUGAGCUGAGGGCUGGAGGACAACAGCCACUGGGUGAGUUGUUAACGGUUUAUACUAUUGUUUACUCUUCUGUGAUUAAAAGUGCUUCAACCCUCA